GCCGCCGCUGCCGCCGCCGCGGCUCCUCCUCGCUCGCUCACUCACAUGCUGGCGGUGCCAGUGGCCCCGGUGGCUGCCAGCCCGCCAGUCCGCCCGGCCUCCCGCCCGCUGCCCGUCCCCAGCGUCGGGCAUGCAGACAGCCCGCUGUUUCCGCGCCCAGGUGUUAAUGAAAAAAUGCACACAAUCCUGACAGAUGGGACUGGUUCAUGAAGGAGGGGACAGCCAGCUCAGUGUUUCAGAGACCACAGGAUCAGCUUCCCAUCCAGAGCAAAGGCUUUUUACGAGCAUGGUUGUCUCAGCUUCCAGGAAUCUCCAAAACCUCUAGACUAUGAGCUCAGCGUUGGCCGUUGGCAGGUGGAGCUAAAUUUGCUGCUGGCAGAGAAUGUGCAUGUCCAGGAGCCCAGGAAAUACAUCUCGCUAGUUCUUCAGGCAUGCAGCCUCCAACUGCCCCCAGCCCACAGGAACCAGAGGCAGGGACCAGGUCGUGACCCAUGGGCAAGAGUGUGACGUUCUUGCCCAAGACCACCAGUUCCCAAUACCAAUCCAAAGGGACCAGCCCUCACCAUUCAGUGUUAUUUUGCUUAUCCUGUGGGAAAGAGCUUCACUAAUGACAUGAGCUGGACUGUCCUGAAUUUACAAAGACUUGUCAAGACCCCAGACGCAGACAUGUCGUGGGCUGCCUCCUGACUCUGAGGGUGCUGCUGUCACCAGAAACAAGAUGGCCAGGCUCAAACCGUUAACCAAGCUCAUGAGGAAACUCUUCGGCCUCACAGUGCUGGGCUAUUGCCAGGCGUUGAAGUAGCUUCGCCAAGGGGAGCUUUUUUCUGACUCUCAUGCAUUUUUUAGUCCAAUAGUAGCCAGCAACACUUCAGUAAGAGAUCCUCUGGAACCACCUCUGGCUUCCCACCUCUCCUCCAAUGCAGGCAGAGCCGGGGCAUGUGGGCCAUUUGUAAAUGAGGCCUCGUCCACCCUUCCCCAAGUAGCAUCAUCCCCAGCCUCUCUGAUAAGGCCAUGGAUCCUGAGCCAAGUGUCAAGAGUGCUCAGACACCGGAGGAUAGUCCCAGAAAGCGGCAUCCCAAAGGAGAAGCCGUGCAAGCCUGCGGCCCCUCCACGACUCCAGCCUCGGCCCCAGUCUCAGCUCCAUCCCUGGCUCCCGCCCCCGUUCUGCCUCCAGCCCCAGCUCCAGCUCCAUUCCAGGGCAGCUCUACUUCCUCCCCGGCCACACCCCUUCAUGAGCUCCUUUCCCAGCAGCAGCACUUUCCCGGGCCUCCGCUGGUUGUGAGGGAGGGGUCUCAGGAGAAAACGGGGCACCAGAAGCCCCCCAAAAGAUCUACUGUGGAAGGCCCACCCCACAUCCCGCAGCUCCCGCAACACCCUCUGUCACCAGCAUUUAUGUCGCCGGGCAAGCCCGAGCACCUCCUGGAAGGGCCCACGUGGCAGCUAGUGGAGCCAAUCAGAGCAGGUCCCUCUUUUGUAACUCCGGGGCUCCAUUCUCAGAGCCAGCUCCUCCCCGCCCACCCGACCAUCAUUCCUCCGGAGGAACUGCAGGCCCUCCCCAAAGUCUACAUCCCGCGUGCCUCGCACAUUUCUAUGAAACAGGCCGAGGAACCGCCCAAGAAGGAGAAGAAACCUCAGAAGCCCGGAAAGUACAUCUGUCAGUACUGCAGCCGGCCCUGCGCCAAGCCCAGCGUGCUCCAGAAGCACAUCCGCUCUCACACGGGUGAGCGGCCCUACCCCUGCAUCCCUUGCGGCUUCUCCUUCAAAACCAAAAGCAAUCUGUACAAACAUCGGAAGUCCCAUGCACACCGGAUCAAAGCGGGCCUGGCUUCGGGAAUCGGGGCUGAGAUGUACCCUCCGGGCCUGGAGAUGGAAAGGAUCGGAGGGGAGGAAUUCGAGGAGCCCACUGAAGGAGAGAGUACGGACUCCGAGGAGGAAACGGGGACCACGUCCAGCCAUCCAGCCGACCUGUCUCCUAGACAAAAGCACACCCUCCUCGGCAGCAGCCUCUACGGGGCGUCGGGCAGCCACGGUCCCGGCCAUGCGUGCUCCGCGUCCCAUUCUGGCACCUCCCAGUCCCUCGAGGAGAGCCCCCAGUUUGCAGAACCGUUGUCGUCAUCAGCGGAGCAUUCCGGGAGCCACAAAGCGGAGGACACUCACACCAUCAAACAGAAACUCGCCCUGAGACUCAGCGAGAGGAAGAAAGUGAUGGAUGAGCAGGCUUUCCUCAGCCCCGGGAGCAAGGGGAGCACUGAGUCGGGAUACUUCUCACGGUCGGAGAGCGCAGAGCAGCAGAUCAGUCCUCCCAACACUAACGCCAAAUCCUAUGCCGAGAUCAUCUUUGGCAAAUGUGGCCGGAUUGGGCAGCGGACGGCCAUGCUGACGGCCUCGGCCACCCAGCCGCUGCUGCCCCUCUCUGCGGACGACAAACCCAGCUUGGGCCCCAUCUCCGUGCCCCGGACGCAGGUCAUCGAACACAUCACGAAGCUGAUCACAAUUAACGAAGCAGUUGUGGACACCAGCGAAAUAGACAGCGUGAAGCCCAGGAGGAGCUCUCUGUCCCGCCGGAGCAGCAUCGAAUCCCCCAAGGCCGGGAUUUUCCGGGACCCGUUUCAGCUGGACCCGACCAAAACUCUGCUCUCCCAUGGGGAGAAAGGCAAGGCGGAACAAUCACUCCUCUCCCUGCAGCAGCUGCCUCCCAGCUCCAGCGAGCCCGCGCCCCUCCUGAGGAGCCACUCCAUGCCUUCCGCCACCUGCACCAUCAGCUCCCCGCACACCUUCAGAGGUAGCUACUCCUUCGACGACCACAUCAGUGAGUCCGACACCCUGAGCCGCAGCCAGGUCUUCACCUCCCACCCUCGCACGCUGAAACGCCAACCCGCCUUCGAGCUCCCUUUGGGAGGGGAAUACAGCUCGGAGGACAUUGGGCUAGGCCCCAAGGACGUGGCUUCCAAAUCGGCAGAAGAGAAAGAAGCGAAGGAGAGCGAACUCACCAAAAAGUCCAGGAAAGGUCCCAAAGCCAAAGGGAUAACCUUUGAGUGUAACAUAUGCGGAGCUCGGUACAAGAAACGGGACAAUUACGAGGCCCACAAAAAAUACUAUUGUUCAGAACUGCAGCUGGCCAAGCCCACUUCCACGGGUGCCCAUCCAUCCUCAGAAGUGGAAAAGAGUCAAGGGGAGCACGAGUCUUGGUCUCAGAUGAUGCACUAUAAGUUGGGGACCAGUUUAGAACUUACACCGUUGAGGAAGAGACGGAAAGAAAAGAGCCUUGGGGAUGACGAAGACCCUCCCUCCUUUGAGUCGACCAAAAGUCACUCCUCCGUGGGACCUGGGAGCCAAUUCGCCAAUCCACCCCCCUCAGAAGCUGCUUUGAACCUCCCCCAGGAGCCUACCAAGCCACCAGCAGAGCCAACUCCAUCGGUGCCAUCCCUGGAGGGGACCAUGGCCUUUCAACCGAGGACUCCCAAACCAGUGGCAACUUCUGAGUCUGGAAAGGAGAGAAGAAAAAUCUCCACGGAAAUUUCAGUCAUCCAGCACACCAGCUCCUUUGAAAAACCUGACCCUCCAGAGCAGCCGAGCCACCAGGAAGGAGAGGACAAGGCUUUGUCCCAGUUCCCGUCACAGCCAGCAGCCGCUCCUCACGGCCGCUCUUCCCACUCUUUGCAGCCGAGGUUAGUCCGCCAGCCUAAUAUCCAGGUUCCUGAAAUCUUGGUGACAGAGGAGCCUGACAGGCCGGACACAGACCCUGAGCCCCCACCGAAAGAACCCGAAAAGAUUGAGGAAUUUCAAUGGCCUCAGCGGAGCCAAACACUUGCACAGCUCCCCGCAGAGAAGCUGCCCCCCAAGAAGAAGAGACUGCGCCUGGCAGAGAUGGCCCAGUCCUCGGGGGAGUCCAGCUUUGAGUCGGUCUCCCUGACCCGAAGCCCCAGCCUGGAAAGCAGCGUGUCCCACGGCUCCAGCCAUUCAGCAUCCUUUGAAAGGGAAGAGCAUGGGAAGAUAGAUGCUCCAGGUCCUUCCUCUGAAAGCCACCCCAAGGCUUUCGGCAGCCACAUGUUGACAGUUCCAAGCUACCCUCACCACUCCAGAGAAAUGCGCAGGUCAGCCUCCGAGCAGUCCCCCAAUGUUUCGCAUCCCUCUCAGAUCUCUGAGACGCGCAGCAAAUCCUUCGACUAUGGGAGUUUGUCUCUGGCCCCGCCUCCAACCCCGGGCAUCCCCACCCCGUCAGCGCCCCCUGAAAGAAGAAAAUGCUUUCUGGUGAGACAGGCGUCCCUGAGUCGGCAUCCAGAGCAUGAGCCAGAGGCAGCUCCCAAAGGGAGAUCCGAAGUGGAGGAGCUGCUCCCUUCAUCCAGUAAAUCUUCCACUAAAAGUUUGCUUCAUCAACCUUCCUCUUCCUCUACCUGCUCAGCUUCUACCACCACUACUUCCUCCUCUUCCUCCUCCUCCUCCUCCUCCCAUGGUGGGUACCUCAGUGCUAAGAGCCAGCAGAAGGACAGUCCCCAGCUGGUGUCCAGCCCGCCUUACACCGAAGCGCUCCAAGUGUUCCACCCACCCAUUCCCCAGCUCUCCCUGCAUGAAAAACCGUACCUGCCUCCUCCGGUCUCCCUCUUCUCUUUUCAACACUUUCUCCCACCACCAGGACAGACCUCAGAGCUAUUCUCCGCGCCAGCUAUGCCAGAGCUCUUCCCCGCUCCGUACUCCAUGCCCCCACUCCCCCCUUCCUUAUUUCAGACCCCACCGAUUCCCCUCCAGCCAGCUGUCCUCCAUCCAGGUCAGCUCCACAUGCCUCACCAGCUCAUACCUCAUCCAGCUGAUCUCCCCUUCCGUCAGCACCCCUCCUUCCUUCCCAUCCCCCAUCCCAGCUCCUCCUCUCUCUCUUCAGGCUUCUUCCUGCCUCUGCAGUCUCAGUUUGCCCUUCAUCUGCCCGGGGAGGUUGGCGCCCAUCUGCCCCCGGUGAAAUCCAGCCUGUCCCCUCUCACAGGGCCCUCUGGCCUCUCCCCUAGCACAGAGUACGGCACCGACGUCCGGUUGCAUCCAGUGACCCGUGCCGCCAGCCCUCCAGUAUCGACGUCAGCCCCCCAGCUGGCCAUUCCUUCCUGCCCGGACCCCGCAGUGUCUCUGGUCGUUCCUGUCCGAAUCCAGACCCACAUGCCCUCCUAUGGAAGCGUGAUGUAUACAACUCUUUCUCAGAUCUUGGUCACUCAAUCCCAGUGCAGCCCAUCCUCCCUCGUGCUCCCCAAGUUCGAUGACUACCCGGCCAAAGGAACGCUGGUCGGCGGCGUAGAAGCUCCCGGGGUAGGUCUGGAGCUGGCCCACAUUAGCGAGGAGCAAAGAAGGGGGUUCCCGACCCCCUACUUGAGGGUGCCUCUGCCCUUAGCAGAGAGGAAAGGCUCUUCUCUGUCCUCAGAAAGCAUUUUGGGCUUAGAGGGAAGCCCUUCCACCGCAGGAGGCAGCAAGCGUGUACUGUCCCCUGCAGGCAGCCUAGAACUGACCACAGAGACCCAGCAGCAGAAGAGGGUCAAGGAGGAGGAGGGCUCCAAAGCCGAAGAGAAGCUCGAACUGCUUAGGCCGGCCAGCACCAUCCUUGCCGGCGCUGAAGCUGGCAAGCGGCAAGAGAGGGUCCAGUUUGGGGGCCCCAGUCAGGGCUGUGGGGAGGAAGAGACUCUCCCUAGCUCAUCGUUGGCUCAGCCCCUUCCCAAGGAAAGCCCUCCCUCUCAGUACUCCGGGGCACCUCAUUCAGGAGCUUCAGGCCUGGAGGCAUCAAAACAGCCACCUGGAAAGUCAUCCCGGCGACAGUCACCAAUGCAGGGAGUGAAGAAGGAAGACUCCAAGGACCUAACUGACCAUCCACCGAAGACUCCUCCCACCUCCUCCUCCGCUUCUCCCAGGAUAGCCAAAUCCCGGGAAGGUACGGACGCCAAGAAGGUACUACAGUUCCCCAGUCUCCAUACGACCACUAAUGUCAGUUGGUGCUAUUUAAACUACAUUAAGCCAAAUCCCGUCCAGCAGGCAGACAGGAGGUCCUCUGUUUAUGCUGGUUGGUGUAUAAGUCUGUACAACCCCAACCUGCCUGGGGUAUCCACUAAAGCAGCUCUGUCCCUCCUGAGGUCCAAGCAGAAGGUCAGCAAAGAGACCUACACCAUGGCCAUGGCUCCACAUCCUGAGACAGGAAGGCUUGUCCCGUCCAGUUCCCGAAAGCCCCGAAUGACAGAGGCUCAUCUGCCUUCGAUGGUCUCCAGCGAGGGUCGGAAAGACCUAGCUCGAACCAAGAAGGAAGAGGAAAAGAGAGGGAAGCCUGAGGAGGAUGCCCCUGCCUCCAAAAGAGGGGAGCCAGCGAGGAUCAAAAUCUUCGAAGGAGGGUACAAAUCAAAUGAAGAAUAUGUGUAUGUGAGAGGCCGCGGACGAGGGAAAUAUGUUUGUGAGGAAUGUGGAAUUCGCUGCAGGAAACCAAGCAUGCUGAAGAAACACAUUCGCACGCACACUGACGUCAGGCCCUAUGUCUGCAAGCAUUGUCACUUUGCUUUUAAAACCAAAGGGAAUCUGACUAAGCACAUGAAGUCCAAGGCUCACAGCAAAAAGUGCCAGGAGAUGGGGCUGCUGGUGGAGCUGGAAGCCGAGGAAGGAGCCAGCGAUGACCCCUUCCAGGAUUCCGAGGGGCGGGAGGGCUCUGAGGCAGUGGAAGAGCACCAGUUUUCUGAUUUGGAAGAAUCCGACGAGGAUGAGGAUAAUGAAGAUGAUGAAGAUGAUGAGGAUGAGGAGGAGAGCCAGGAUGAGCCCACUCUGAAGCCCUCAGAAGGGCCACCACCUUCUGGACACUCAAAGGCUAGCUCUCCACCAGCUCAGGACAAAAGCCCCCGAGCAACCCCAUCUUUGCCCCAAGACGUUACCUCGCGUGACCAGCCCACAGCAAGCUCGAGAUUGGAGGCGAGAUGGCCAGCAGACUGGAGUGAAGCUGCCACCUGUCAGAGCCACUUGUGUCUCCACCAGCCAGCUCUGAUUUCCCGGAAGCCCUUGGCUCCUGGUGAGCAGGAACUGGCUCCAAACCAGCAGGGGGGGAUCUUAGCCAUGGGCCCGUUGUUGAGCUCCCAAGCCCCAUCCCCAAGAAGGCCGUGGUCCCCUGGCAAAGAGCCCUGCAGCAGCAGACCCAUGGUCCCCCGAAAACACGCACUAACCAAAAAUGAAAGUCCUCCCCAGCGCUUUGCACCAGCUGGAGAAAUGCCAUCCUUCCAGGGUGGCUCUCCUGGGAGAGGGGCUUCCCCCGGUCCAUGGAUGGCAUCUCCUCUCAGGUGCAUGUCACCCUCGACUCACUUGUCCCCAAGAAGAGAACUGUCCCCACGAGCCUAUCUCCCACCAGAGGGCGGGGUCUCUCCGGAAAGGAACUUGUCUCCUAGCCAGGAGAUGAUACCCCUGAGACACUCAUCCCCCAAGAAAAUGUCUCCAGGACUUUCUGAGUCCCCCCCACGGUACCCACUGCCAGGGAAAAAUGACUUAGUGUUCAGAAGUGGCACAGCAGCGGAUGAGCAAACCCUGGGCAGUCUCACAGUCGCUCAGCGUGGCCUCUUCUCUCAAAAGCCUCUACCUCACAAGCUCCUUGGCAAAAACGUGGAGACCUCUGAAUCUAAGAUGAAGUUGGAGCCCAGAAGCCCAGCCUGCUCACCAGAUCCUGCUCACCCGUUUCCCUCCAGACCCUUCUCUUCACUUCAUGAAUUCCACGGCCACCUCCCAGGCCGGACAGGAGAGAACCUCUUUAGUCACCUCCCUCUGCAUUCCCAGCGCUUAGCCAGGACCCCGUGCCCCAUGAUCCCCAUUGGGGGUAUCCAGAUGGUCCAGGCCCGGCCCAGCACCCAUCCCACGCUGAUGCCCGGGGCUGGGGCACCGUGGGCCACCUGCUUCUUUGGUGGGGGCAGCGACCUGACCGACUCCCGGCAGGCUCAGGAGAGAAGCCGAGAAGGCCCGCCGGAGACCUCCUCAGCAUCUGUGUCCCCUCUGGCCAAGGUCUCCAAGUUUACUCUAUCCUCAGAGCUGGAGAGUAGCAGCUAUUCCAUAGAGAGAGCCAGGACUAGUGAGGGUCAGGUUGUGCCGGACUGGGAGCAGCCCAGGAUCGGAGGGAUGUCCUCGGAGACCAAGGCUCCCGCCCCCCCAGACAGCCCCAGCCCGAGCUCUGAGCAGCCUCCGCGGCAGGCCAAGAGGCCCAGCCCAAAGGCGGCCCGCAGCAGCCCCUGCACUGACUCUGAGACACCACGCACUUUCCCCUCGGUGUUUCCUUCCCAGACGUUGGACCGAAGCAGCUCCACGGGCUGCCUCAUGGAGCCCGCCCGGUGCCUGGCCACCCGCAGGAGGAACCUGUCGGGAGAGCUCCGGCCGGCGGCCAGCCCUUGUCGCCCGCUGGGCUCCCCGCCCUUGGAGAGUGAGGGGUCUGGACAGAGUCCCAGGAGGCCGGAGGACGGGGACGAAGCGAGCUCCUAGGUCUCCCCCUUCUGCAUCAGCGUCAGGCUUCCAAUGUAAAGGAACAGACCUUUCCAACACUAUUUCCUGCAGUAUAGUCAUCACACGCAGACGCACUCUCACUUCCGACCAAACUCACAGAAACACCCCUUGUUGAGUCGUCCUGUCUGAUAUUAUCUUCCCAUGUAUGCAGUUACUUGUGCCUUUUCUGAUACCUUUUUUUGCUUGAAAUGUUUAAAAGGAAAAACAAAUGAGGUGUUUAAGGCUGUGAAUAUUUUUGUAGAGUUUUUCGAAGGGGUUGGUUGAGUGGUGUCCUCUGGCGUCAUGGGCCCCCCCUUGCCAGGGCUGGGGAGAGGCAACUGUUUACUGCGGGAGGUUAUGCACUGAAAAAAACAAACCCAAGAAACCUUUUUUUAUACUGAUUAAAUGAAAAAAAAAAGUUCCUCUGUACAGAUGUUUAUGGUUCCUAUUUAUUGCAGGCUCUAUUUAAUCCUCCACCAAGCACUUGUCUGCUUGUCUCUUUUUUGGGUGGUCUUCCCCCACCCCGGCCCUCCCCCAUCCCCUCAGUUUGGAAAUGCCUUCUCCUUUGUUCCUCCCAGCCCCCUCCCCAAAUUCAGCUCUUCCCAUCAAUCACAGAAAGCGUCCUUUUCUCUCUAUUUUUAUGACUUUAGAAAGGGAAAGAAACUUCACCUUUGAGGAUUUACUUUCAAGAUAUAGGAAACAAUCAGAUAGAGAGGCCAGUAUCUGAAUGGUGCUUCUAAGGGCCAUGAAAUUCUUGUUCUGGCUUUCGUAACGGUGGGGAUGCUGGGGAUGCUGAUGACGCUGGGGAUGCUGGCUAAGGAGGUGUGGAACCGAUCCUCCUCCCUACCCUGGACCAAAUACAAAAGUCUGGGCUUUGAACAUUUGCCCGUCUUCCUCUCUCUCCUUCCUCAAAAAGCUGGGCUGUCUUCUUGAUGUCAGAGCCUCACAUCUGCUGCCCGUGUCAGAGACGACAGAGAAUUACUUACCGAACCCUGAGCCAGGCCUUCCAGAGGAAAGCCUUUGGGGGGAUCAUGUGGGAUCAGAGCUGUUGGCCCCUUACCUCAUAAAACUCUGGCCUUAAACCUCCCUCGGGUCUAGGCGGCUGUGGGGAUCAUUGAUCAGCAGUAGAGCUAGGAGGAACUUUAAAGGUCACAAGUAUUCCAACUCAUUCAUGUUUCAGGUGAGACGACCAAGGUCCAAAGGACCAAAUGACAUAUCCAAAAUCAUCCAGCAGAGCUUCCCGUUUUCUUUAGUGAUGGGACAGAAGCACUUAGUCUUACAGAGUUAGGGUCAGGAAGUGUGGACUUUUGUACCUUUUGUAGCGAAUUCCCUGCCAUACCAACAGAGAUAUGAAGAAAGGAUAUUAGCACUCCCUGGACUUGGAAUGGGCUCUGCUGAGCUCAGUUUCAGUUUCCCAAUUUUUUUUUUUUUUUGGUUCUAACAUAUUUCCCUGGCUGGGUCCUUUAUGCUAGGCUAUCUGCUAUCCAGAAGCUGGUUUCUAAUUUAUCUGUCUUUAAUGUCUUCAAAAGCUCACAUAAAAAACAGAAAGCAUGGGGCAGCUAGAGAGUGGAUGGAAUACCAGCCCUGAAGUCAGGAGGACCUGAGUUCAAAUAGGUCUCAGACACUUAACACUUCCUGUGUGACCCUGGGCAAGUCACUUAACCCCAAUUGCCUCAACCAAAAAAUAAAUAAAAAUAAAAAGCAGAAAGCAAUCAAAGAGAUUGUGAGUGGAAAGGAAGCUUAGUGUCAGGGAUGUGCUAGAGCCAGCCUUAACCAUCUCCCUAGAAAGUUGAUUGUUAAAUUUCCAGUAUGAACAUUUACAACUCAGAAACUGGCAAACACUGCAAAUCAGGCUGACUUAUUUUUUUUUUCAUCAUCUAAACUUCAGAAAGUUAUAGAUAAAAUAUUAAUAAUGCAAAUUAAAUGUAAAACUUUGUCUUGCUAUCGAGAGAGCUGAUUGUUAAACAUUUAACUACAUACCCUUUCUUGAUGCCCACUGUGCUCAUAUGAACAUUCCAGUAUUGGGAAGCAUUCAGGUUUGGCUGGCUCAUUGUUGACUUGACUUGAGCAGUUUGUUGCAGGAGGAUGAGCAGUGUUUUUGGAGCCCAAGGAUAUGAAUACAAAUCUCAGCUCUGUCACUUAGCAUCCCUGCUCCUUGAUGGACCUCAGUUUCCUCCUUUGCAGAAUGAGGGAGUGGAAUAGACCUUCUCUAAAGUUCCUUCUUGUUUUAAAAUUUUUGAAGCCUCUUCGAGAAGGCUAGCUAGGCUGGGUCUUUUUAAGUUGUCAUCUCUCUAGGAAGAGAUGGUUAUAGUUGAGAUCAGGGUGUGUUUUGCUGCCCAUCCACUUGACCUUGAUUCUUGUGGCCAGCUCUACUCCUAACCCGUAAUCAGGAGUGCCAACACCAUUAAAAGGUAGGUGUUCGUAUCCUCUGCUCCACUAUUUGGUCACCAAUUCCAAACUCUUUUCUUCUGCUGGCAUGAGCUACCCAAGGACCCGAGAAAGGAGUUUGUAGGUUAGAGACCAGAGGGCCAAAAUUACAUGAUCCCUUUUCUCCCUCUUAGGGUAAAUGAGGACUCUGGUUAAAACAUGGUGAAUGGAGAGGUCAGGGACAGGGACAGAUUAUCGAUUAUAAGACCACAGGAUGUGGAAAGAGAUCACCUUAACCAGACCAGUCAUUUUAUAGCCAAUAUCUCUGACAAGUCACCAUCUGACCUUGACUUGAAUCUCUCCGGUGAAGGGAAGCUCACUACCUCCUGAGGCAGCCCUUUGCUAACUUGGAACAGAAGGAAAUCUAAGUGAAAUCUGCCCCCAAAUGCCCCUAAUUCCUUCUUCUGGGAUCAGAGUCCAUCUCUCCCCUUUGGCAUCUUCUUAAAUCCUUAAAAAUAGCAAUGAUGUGCCCCACUGGGUCCUCUCUUCUCCGGGUUCAAUAUGUCUUUGUCCAGCAUGGUAUUUAUUCCUUAUCCUCCUAGCUGCCCUCCCCCACACCUGCUCCACUUUCCUCAGAUGCGGCCCUGUGGCAUUUUCAUACCCUCUGAGAUCAAUUGGGAAUGCACAAUACCUAGAAAUUUCCAUCUGGUAAAUUUUCUUGGGUGGGGAGGUGCAGUGGGUGUUUCAAAAUGCUAACACCUUUCCCUGGAUUUGGCCACCCAAUAGAGCCUGAUUCACCUGGGUACCCCUUUCCCCUCCCUGUUCUCAUCCUCUUUUUGCCCCUGGGCUUCUGCUCUGUUUUAAGACCUUCAGGGGCACUGGGAGAGGGGAAAACUGAAGUUCCAAGGCCACACACCCCAUCUGUUUAUCAUUAGGAGAAAUCAGAUGGCACCGGUGGUCACAUUGGGGAACAAAGGCCCCUCCUAGAAGUUCAUGCCAUGCUUUGUCUCUGUGUUAAAGUGUGCAGGUAUUCUGGAAGUGGGCAUGUCUCCAGAUGAUUUCUGUGUUCUUACAAUGGCAAUAGUAAUCAUUCCAAAAGAACUCUGUAGAUAUAUGCUAUAUAUGUACAGAGGGGUUGGGGAGGGGGGAGUUGCCUGUAAUUUUAUUUAAACUCUGGUUUCCACAGUUGCAUCUUGCAAUGUCUGUAUGGUAUAUAUCGGUGCAAAAACCCCACAACAAGCCCACCCAGGUUUAAAGCACAGCCUCUUUAUGUACAAAUGAGGAAAACUAUAUUCUAUGUGUGAUGUUCCUGACUCUCCUUGUAAAUGACGUCUGGACUGUGAAUGAGAAGUUUUUACAAGUAUAAUAAUUUAUUACAGUUCAGGCUGGCUGUUCAGUCUGAGCCUAUUUUUUUUUAAACAGCAUGUUGGAAUAAAUUUUCUAAGUCCCAACAUA